ACUCACGCACAAGCCACCUAUGCCGGUGCUGUUGAGCUGGAUCUUCCACUUGUCGUUCUUAGACGAAUGAUAGUUCAUUUACCUGUUACAAAUUUAGCUGUUGAUUUCAUUUCAAUUUUUCACAAAUAGCGUAACGUUACUUUUCGCACGGAAUAAGAGUGAUUAUGUCCAGACCGCUGAAUUCAGCUUUUCUACCUCCGCAAACUCACGGCGUUUUGAAGGCGCUCCUGGAAAAACCUCUGAAACUACCUGGGCAAGAUGAAGGCUAUGGGAAGGAGAGAGAAAAGGUGAAAAAGCUAGAAGAAGAGAAAAGCGCUCCACAGUCGGCUUUCUUAGGGCCAACGCUUUGGGAUAAAACAUUGUCUUAUGAUGGAGACGGCUUUGAGUUGGAGUAUAUGGACCUUGAGGAGUUCCUCUCUGAAAAUGGCAUCAUCUCCAGUCCCGCACAGCAUGACCAAAGCCUCCACCAGCAGCACCAGCAGCAGCACCAGCAGGCGUCAAUGCCACAGGCCCUCGUCUCAGUCAUGGACCUCAGCAGCCGGCCCAUCACCUCCAUCCACACGGGCAUGGUCCCUCAGAACUGCCUCCACAGCACGGGCAGAACAGUUUUACCUCCAUCACGUAACACGCCAAGUCCUAUAGACCCGGAGGCCCUUCAGAUACCGGUGAACUACGAGCCUGAUCCCGCAGACCUCGCUCUGUCCAGCGUCCCGGGCCAGGAGGUUUUCGACCCACGGAAAUGCAAGUUUUCGGAAGAGGAGCUGAAACCUCAGCCUAUGAUCAAGAAAGCACGCAAAAUCUUCAUUUCUGAUGAUAUGAAGCAGGACGACAAAUACUGGGCACGGCGCAGAAAGAACAACGUGGCCGCCAAGAGGUCACGGGACGCUCGGCGCCUAAAAGAAAAUCAGAUUGCCAUCCGGGCUGCUUUCCUGGAGAAAGAAAACGCUGCUCUCCGACAGGAAGUUGCCGACAUACGGAAAGAGCUGGGGCGGUGCAAAAACAUCUUAACCAAGUAUGAAGCUCGGCACGGCACCCUGUGAGACAGACUCCACGGGUUCCCUUCCAAUUCGAAGGACAAUAUUAAUGGAUAAGGUCCGCUGGGCCUCUUUUCCAGCCAGCUCUCACCUUAAGUCUGUUCUUGGCACCUUAGAAGGCAGAAACAUUUCAUUGUGUGGUUGUUUUAAUACAUCUAGUAGAGAUCUCUCAUCCUCUUUCUCUAUUUGUUAUCGCAAACAAAGCCAUCAUUUUUUUGCCAACCGUGUUACUUAUUAUUUGCCUUGUUCGAUUUAUCAGUCAAAUCUGAGCUGCUCCUACAGACUCACAUGUGUGCUGUGUAUGGGAGAGAAGGUACAGUACAUGUGCAAAGCUGCUCUAGGCAUUGUGUGUCCGUAAAGACAUUAUUCUCACAGACAGAACCGAAUGUAGCAAGAUUUGAGAGUUUGAAACAAAUUCAUAUGAUCAUAGUUACUAAAUAUCUGUAUUUUAUUAGAAAACAGACAGUCAAGUUGCUUACUUUACAGUAUAUUUUUUUGGGAACAUACUGUACAGUAAGCAACUUGACAAUGAAAUGUAUAUAUAUGGACACUGUAAAAAAAAUAUUUUCAAGAUUUGUUAUCACAACAUUUUUUUCUUUUGUCAAAUC